GAGGUGAUGGGGGGUGGGGCCUUAAACUUUUCGGCCCCACUUGUCAACAAUCUCCCCUGCGCCAACGCCAAGCACUCCUCGGGCUCGCCGCUGCUGAAGGCAGAAGCAGAAGGCGUGGAGGGGGUACUCGCAUUGCGCGGCUUCACGGGUGUCGGCGUCGGCGGCGGCGUCGUUUUGGGGGGCCGCUCCACGCCUCCACCUGAUGGCUCGCCGCGGCCGUUGCCACCGCCAGCGCCGUCUCCGGCGCUGGUCCUUCUCGUCUCUGUUGAAGUUGCCGGGGUACGCUUACAAAGAGUGGCUGCGAUUCGUGCAUAAGGGUUUCUUUGCACUGUUCCAGAAAGAAUAUGAGAAAGAUCAACUGAAGGAGAAAGAGGAUGAGCAGGUGAAGUUAAAGGCUGAUCGGUUUGCUGGUUAUAAGAGUAUUUGCCUCUUUGGAUUGGGCUCUUUGUUCUGGGGGAGCGCCACGGGCUUUCUUGGGCAACUAAAAGAGAAAGAUGAGAAAGCCGACAAGGCUCCAGAUCGUUCUGCAUGGAUGGAUUUCUGCUUUCUAUAUUCAGCUUUUGCACUUUUGUUCAUGCUUCUAGGUGUUGCUGCAUCUAGCUUUCCAAACUCAUCCUGGUUCGCCCCAUCUGUCGCUGGUUUUGGAAGUUUACAGGCUCUAAUUUUAGUCUUGGGGGGCUUCCAUGUGGCAUCCCUCAAAUACCAUUCCUAUGGUAAAGAGACCAAAUACUCCAUGAUUGGGUCCACUAUCCUUAUCAUAAUCUACUGGGGCCUGAGCGUUCAAGAUCCUAUAAUCCUUCAUUUUGUGGUGAAACUAUUUUUCUGGCUAGUCAGCUUAAUAGCCUAUGUAGUGUACAUGGGUGGCCGCAUGGUUUGGCAGUUUGGCAAAUGCGCUUGGACAAAAAUUAGGACAAAUGUGCUCUCUCUGAAAAGCACUUUGAUGGCUUGGAACCAUUCAACAAACGACUAUCAACAUCUGCCUCAAACAGUCAGUUCCCAAAGUGUAGCAGUCUCUGAAGGUUCUCAAGGUGCUCCACCAAACAGAAUCUCUGUGAAGGCUCUCAUCAAAUCCAGUACUUUGUGGAGGCUCUCAAAUCCAACUGAAUCAUCUGUGACAUCUGCUCUGUGAAGGCUCUCAAGAAGUCAAGAUGCUCCACCAAACAGAAUCUCUGCGAAGGCUCUCAAAUCUAGCUGAAUCAUCUACCACUCUGUGAAUCAUCUGCUCUGUGAAUGCUCUCAACAUGCUCCACCAAACAGAAUCUGCAGGAGCUCAAAGAUACCAUUGUUUGGUUUCUUUUUUUUUUCCCCCUUAGAUUAGAUUUAGAUCAAAGGUAUACUGUCUGGUUUCAUGGGCCAGUCUGAACUUGGCAGUUCUCACUGUGGGAAAGGAACCUGUUCGUCUAAGAAUGGCCUGUUGAAACUGUUAAGUGUCAUGGAAUCCGAAAGAAUUGCCCAAUGAGGUGGCAGCCAAGAUUCUUGCGCUCAAGCAUGCUCACCACUGUGGUAACUGUAUCUUGUGCUGCCAUGUGUGGUCUUAUGCAGAGAGGAUGUUCAUGAACAUGAAAGAAAUACAAAAUUUUGUUAUCUGAA